CAAUCUCUCAUAGAACGUCACCUCGAAUCGAGAAUCAGCCUAAGUUUGAUACUCACAGGGAAUAGCCAAUUGAACUCCAGAAAUAUAAAAUGGACAAUGUUGACCUGACUUAUUAUUCAGGAAUCACAAUCAAGGACUCACACGGUAUAACAGUAGGACCUGUUUCUGCUCAUAAUCUCCAGAACUCUAGGAGCGUAAACGUAGUGUCGUCACUACCAAAGUUCGAUUCAAAUAGAAUGCAUAAUAAUGAGACAAACGUGACUGGAGACAGAGAGAUACAACAAAAGGAUAUAAGACUUAUAAGCAAGAUGAUCGGAAGAGACUGGAAAAAUCUUGCUAGACAUCUUCCAGGUAUUCAAUUUAAUGAGAAAAAGCUAGACAGACAUGAACAGACCUACAUCCAUGAAGGUCUUCAGGAAGUUGCCGUCAGAUUUCUCAGAGAAUGGAAUGAGAGCUGUCCAUCCUAUAAUCAGCUAAAAGUGCUUCAGGAUACUUUACGAGAAAUAGAUCGUUCAGAUAUAGCUAUGAAACUUGAUCUUUAAGUAGUUCUUUUUCAUAUUCAAAUAAGGUGUAGUUCUUUUUCAUAUUCAAAUAAGGUUUGGCUAAAACUUGUUUUUACAUAGAAUUUUCCUUCUCAUUAAAUCGAAACAAAAUGGCGU